UUACUUUUCCGGCCCAGCAAAUGGCGAGGCCCAAUUUCGAAUUCACCGGAAUGUUCACCGGCCAGCAGCAUGGCCUCCCCUCCGCCGCCGUCAUGGGUCCGCGCAGCGCGAGCACCUCUCCUCUCGUGCUCACGGCGGGUUGACCGAGCCGCGAGAGCGGGUCCGUUCGUCAACUGCUGCUCGAACCUUGGGCGCGCCGUCGCCUCUCGCACACCUGCUGGUCCUUCGUGGGCGGCCGGCGGCCGGAUGGUUGCCCAAGCCCGCGGGGCGACCGCGACGACGCGUGCUUCGCUCUUCCACAGGGACAAGCAGCCCGCCUGAACAAAUUCAUUGAAAACACAAGGGUGCACACUAAGGCGUGUGAUCACGGUGAACAAGUUUCUCUAGGUGCAUUCUUAGGUCUGGCAUUUUGGGUUUUGUUGCCUUGUUUAUUGGUACCCACCUUAACCAACUGGUGUUGUUAGCACUUAGCAGCUGACCAUCCCCUUGAAGGUUUGUAAGAUGGCAGAAUCGCUGCUUCUACCUGUGGUGAGCGGGGUGCUUGGCAAGGCUGCCAGCGCACUUGUCCAGAGUUUUGCUCGCAUCUGCGGUGUUGACGACGAUCGCUGCAAGUUGGAGCGCCAGCUGCUGACCGUGAAGUCCUUGCUGUCAGAUGCUGAAGUGAAGAGUGAGACCAACCCUGCCAUCAGGAGGUGGAUGAAGGACCUCAAGGUUGUUGCCUACCAUGCCGAUGAUGUCCUCGACGACUUCCAUUAUGAGGCGCUACGCCACAAGGCUCAUGCUGGGGAUUCCACCACGUGGAAGGUACUGAGGUACUUUACCUACCACAACCCGCAUCUGUUCCGGUUUAAAAUGAGCAGGAAACUCAAGAAUGUGCUAGACAAGAUUAAUGAUCUUGUUGCCGAGAUGAACACGUUUGGUCUUGUGGAGCACACAGAGGUGCCAGAAGUUCUUUGUCGGCAGACACACUCAGGACUGGAGGAGCCUGCAGAGAUCUUUGGCAGAGAUGAUGACAAGGAUAUGGUGGUCAAAGUGUUGCUCAACCAGCAAGCUCAGUUGAAUGUGCAGGUGCUCCCCAUCAUAGGAAUGGGAGGUUUGGGCAAGACCACUCUAGCCAAGUUGGUUUACAACGACUGCAGGAUUCAGAAGUACUUUGAGUUAAAGAUGUGGCAUUGUGUGUCUGAAAACUUUAAACCCAUUGCAGUUGUGAAAUCUGUCAUUGAACUAGCUACGAAUGGCAGAUGUGACCUGCCUGACACCAUUGAACUGUUGCGAGGAAAAUUGCAGGAAGUCAUUGGCCGGAAAAGGUUCCUGCUGGCUCUGGACGAUGUGUGGAAUGAAGAGCGACACAGGUGGGAAGACGACCUUAAGCCACUAUUGUGCUCAUCUAUUGGUGGGCCAGGAAGCGUGAUAGUUAUCACAAGUCGAAGCCAUCGAGUGGCCUUUAUAGCGGGCACCCUUCCACCCCAUGAGUUAGAAUGUUUGAGUGAAGUUGAUUCGUGGAAAUUGUUCUCAAAGAGAGCAUUUAGUAAAGGAGUACAAGAGCAAGCACAACUCGUCACAAUAGGAAGAUACAUUGUCAGAAGGUGCAAGGGACUGCCUCUUGCUCUAAAGACAAUGGGUGGUUUGAUGAGUUCAAAACAAGAUGUCCAGGAAUGGGAGGCCAUGAUAGAAAGCAAUAUGGGUGAUAAUAUUAGAGGGAAAGAUGAAAUAAUGUCCAUACUAAAAUUGAGCUAUAGGCAUUUGUCACCUGAAAUGAAGCAAUGUUUUGCCUUCUUUGCAGUUUUCCCUAAGGACUAUGAGAUAGAGAAGGAUAAAUUGAUCCAAAUGUGGAUGGCAAACAAUUUCAUUCAUGAAGAGGGAACCAUGGAUUUGUACCAGAAAGGUGAAUUCAUUUUCAAUCAUUUGAUCUGGAGAUCAUUUAUUCAAGAGGUAACAUUAGUGGAGCGAAUCCCUGAUUCAGAUGGCCCAACACGAUAUCUAAUACGCAAUGGAUGUAAACUGCAUGACUUGAUGCAUGACUUAGCAAUAUAUGUCUCAGAUGAAUGUGCAACAGCAGAUGGGUUAAUUCAGCAGAAAGCAUCAAUAAAUGAUGUUCGCCACUUGAACAUUUCUAGCGCUAAUGACUUGGAACAAAUCGGUGGUUUAUUCAAAGGCACAACAUCUCUCCGUACUUUGUUUAUGCCAUCGAAUUCACGUCAGGGUUUGGUGGAUACAAAACUGGUGUCGCUAAGAGUGUUGUGCUGUCCAUGUGUCAUCCAUGACCAGCUGAUGCAAACAACACAUUUGCGAUAUCUCGAUCUUUCCUGGUCAGGCAUUGUUAGAUUGCCAGAUUCAGUAUGUAAGUUGUAUAACUUACAGUUGCUGAGGCUUAACAAUUGCUCUAGGCUACGAUAUUUACCAGAAGGUAUGGCAACUAUGAGGAACCUUAGCCAUCUUUAUCUUUUGGGAUGUCAUAGAUUGCAACGUAUGCCUCCCAAACUUAGUCUCCUGCACAACCUUCACACUUUGACAACAUUUAUUGUGGGCACUGAAGAUGGCUAUGGAAUUGAUGAGCUCAAAGACCUGCGGCAGGUUGGCAACAGGUUGGAAUUGUACAACUUGAGAAACGUAGGGAGUAUGUCAAAGGCCAAUCUCCAUGAGAAACAGAAUCUAAGUGAACUGUUGUUCUUCUGGGGCCGUGGCUGUACUUACAUGCCCACAAAUGCUGCUGUCCCUAAUGAGAUAAAAGUACUGCAAUCCCUUGUGCCACAUCCACAUAGUGAGCUUAGAAUCUUGGAGAUGCAUGGGUACCGUGGCCCCACAAUUGCACAAUGGAUGAGAGAUCCUAAAAUGUUCCAAUGCCUAAGAGAACUCCGUAUUUCCAAUUGCCCGAGAUGUAUGGAUUUCCCAGUAGUAUGGUUAUCAUCCUCUCUUGAGUUUUUGUUUCUAUCCCACAUGUACAACCUGACCACAUUAUGCAAUAGCACCCAUGUGGGUGCUGCAGGACACAAUACCUCUCCUCAAAUUUUCCCAAAGUUAAAGAGGAUGGAGUUAAAUGAUUUGCCGGAGUUGGCAACAUGGGCAGAAAACAGUGCAGGAGAGUCUAGACGCAUGGUGAUGUUUCCCCAGCUCGAAGAGCUAAUAAUCUGGCGUUGCCAUAAACUUGCAAGUCUUCCGGAGAGCUCAGUUCUCAAACGUCUAGAGUGUAGGGGUGACUCUGCAAACGGUGUUGUUCCUAUGAGCAUGCCUUUGCGCUCUUGGCCAUCUCUUGUCCACUUGAAGAUUGAGUUGCUAGCAGACGUGUGGAUACCUCUGGAGGAUCAGCAAGGCUGUAGGAAAAGCCAAAGACCUCUGGGCACACUGCGAUCCUUGGAGCUAAUGAAUGAUGACGGCUUCAUUUCAGUUUUCAACUUGUCAAAACUGCGACAUGGGCUUCAGAACUGCUUGGCCUUCCUGGAAGAAUUGUCUAUCUCAUCAUGGUCCUAUAUUGUCUGUUGGCCGGUGGAGGAGUUCCGAUGCUUGCCUCGCCUUAGAUCUCUGCGUAUUUCGGAUUGUAGGAAGCUGGAAGGGAAGGGCUCAUCCAAGGAAAUCCUUCAGCUGCCCCAGCUGGAAAGGUUAAGGAUAAUAUGUUGUGACAGCUUGCUCGAGAUUCCAAAGUUGCCCACGUCCCUUGAGGAAAUGAAUAUCUUUUGGUGUCCACGGUUGGUGGCGCUGCCUUCAAACCUCGGAAAUCUGCCAAAGCUGAGGAAAAUAUCUGUAAGCUCCUGCCGUGGGCUACAAGCACUGCCUGAUGGGAUGGACAGACUCACUUCCCUUGAGGUACUGGUGCUUAGUAAGUGUCCAGGCAUAAAGGAAUUUCCGCAGGGUCUCCUCCAGCGGCUCCCAGCCCUCAAAUCCAUAGGCAUAGAUGGCUGUCCCGACCUGCAAAGACAUUGCAGAGAAGGGGGACAGUAUUUUGGCUUGGUCUCUUCUAUUCCAGAGAAAAACAUUCCCACAGCAGAACUUGAAACAAAGAACCCUGAAACUAGGAACUUCAUAAAAACGUGCCUCCACUUCGCGAAACUAUGAAGUACUUAGGUGUGUAAGUUGUCUAAGACUGAGAUUCCAAGUUUAGUUUGAUGCAUGGGAAGAAGUACUUGUUACGGGCCUCCAUGACUUUUCAUUAGGUUGCUGCUGAAGCUUAAUACUACUGGAUGCGCAACCGAUAUGAUCUGAGAACAAACUAUUCUCAAUAGUUUUGGGCUACCUAAACUGGAUGUGUCGUCUCUCAUGAGCUUAAACAACAUUCAAAGCGGAGUAUGAAUGUGCGUAAUCAGAAGUUCCUGACCAGUACCAAAUGUGAGAAGGAACGGGUACAGAAUGAAAAGGAACUUCCUCCCUGAAGAACAAGGCGAUUGUUCUGGGUCUGAAGAAAACGUGCAACAUCGUGAUGUCUCUGAUCCUGCUCAUUGUGUGAAAAAUACAUGUAGUAAUGCGCAGACGCGCUUCUGAUUUCCGAAUGGUGACAUGCCUGUACAUGUCUUGAAGAGGGAACAAAACCAUGAUCUGAUGAGGGAGGCUGGUUCGGUUUCCAAUGGUGAUAUUUGAAGCAGCGAAAUCAUUCUGACCGUUCAGUGUUGAAGAAACUGUGAAAGCAUUGGCCUGUCCAAGACCUAGCUAUUACCCCAGCAAACUGCAGCUGUGACCAACUGUAGAUGGUUAGAUUUUUGGCCCCUCCAAACCUGAUUUUAAAGGAUAGCACGCUAACGAUUCCUGUUAGAUUAUUGAAAGAGGUCCGCUGCUGGGGGUUUUAAGAUUUGAAAGCAUGUCGAGUACGCCUGCACGAGAAGCUGU